UGGACCGCUCUGAAAGAGCUUCGGCCAAUGCUCCCUGAGGUGUGGAGGGCUGCAUACUCGCCUGACGACCUAAAGGCGGAGGUUAAGUCCUUCACUCUCUGGCGUGUCACUAUUGACCCGAACAACCCUGCCACCGAUGCUCGCGCGAGUGUCAUUCUCAUGAAGUUCCUUCGGGCCAAGGAACUCAAAGUCAACGACGCGAAGACCGCCCUCAUUGCUACCUUACGUUGGCGUGAUGAGAUGAAGAUUGAUGAGAUCGAAACCGAAGAAUUCCCUAAGAUCUUUAGUGGGGCCGGACGCAACUUUGGCCAUGACAAGCAGGGCAGGCCUGUAACCUACAAUGUUUAUGGCGGCGAUGUGGACGUUAAAGAGCUGUUUUCAGACGUCCGUCGAUUUAUCCGCUGGCGCGUCCAGUUCAUGGAGAAGAGCAUUGAGCUCUUGGAUUUCGAGAAUGUCGAUCAGAUGGUGCAAAUCCAUGAUUAUAAGGGCGUCAGCAUGAUGUCCAGGGGCGCCAACGAGAAGGCUGCGGCCUCUGAAGCGACGAACAUCUUCCAGAGCCACUAUCCGGAGUUCCUGGUUUCCAAGUUCUUCGUCAACGUCCCGACCUUCAUGGCCUGGGUCUUCUGGGCAUUCAAAGCGUUCAUGUCUGCAAAGACCUUCGCCAAGUUCAGCAUGGUUGGUACGGGUGAGAGCACAAUUGGAGUGGCUCUUCUGCCUUACAUCGACGCAAAGGAGCUGCCGAAGGUGUACGGAGGGGAAGCCGAUGCCUGGUAAACGACAGGAUAUCUGUGACAAACAUGCAGAACUCAUUGGUUGCUACAUUACCACUCACCACUUUUAUACCCUUGUAUAUUAGCUGACAAGAGAAUCACUUAUGCUGAUAUCUUUACUCUUACAUAUGCCCAAGGAAUAGGAUGAUGAUUAAAUGAUACCGAUAAAUAGUGGUACAGACACUAACAAAUACAACGUCCAGGACGUAGAAGACAACAGAGAGAAGACUGAGACUCUAUGCACGCUCGCCCCGAAGCCGCCUUGCGAGGGCAAGAUCCUUGGGUUGGAUGGUCACACGCUUAGCGUGGAUAGCAGCAAGGUUGGUAUCCUCGAAGAGGGAGACGAGAUAUGCCUCAGCGGCCUCCUGAAGAGCCAUGACGGCUGACGAUUGGAAGCGGAGGUCAGUCUGAAGAGCAGGUCAGCAACAGCAACCUUGAUUGUCAUGCGAAGGGAUGUACCUUGAAGUCCUGAGCAAUCUCACGAACAAGACGUUGGAAGGGGAGCUUGCGGAUGAGCAGCUCGGUCGACUUCUGGUAGCGACGGAUUUCACGGAGGGCGACAGUACCGGGGCGGAAGCGAUGGGGCUUCUUGACGCCACCGGUCGCGGUCGGGGCCUGAGUCUUACGAGACUUGGCAGCGAGCUGCUUACGAGGAGCCUUGCCUGGAGAAGAUUAUCAGACUAAGUCAA